AUGUUGUCACUCAUUGUCACCUCCCUAUUUGCCCUAGCGCAGGCUGCUCCCUACCAGCCAAUCCAGCCGAAAAAUGUUGCUGCUCUUCCUGCCAACCUGGUGCGAGAUUUGGCUACCGCUGUCGCCUUCCGUAAGACUGUUACUGGUCCUCCUGAAAUCCUCGCAAACUGGACCGGCUCCGAUGUCUGCCAAUGGGAGGGAUUUUACUGCGCCCCGAACCCCGAUACUGGUAUCCUCAGCCUCGCUUCCAUCGACUUCAACAACCUCCACUUGACCGGCAACCUCAGACUGAACCACUUCAUUGAAAAUUUGCCGGAUCUUGCCCUUCUUCACAUCCUUAACAACAGCUUCUGCGGCCCCGUUCCCAACCUCAAGAACAGCAAAUACCUAUAUGAAGUCGAUAUUAGUGAGAACCAAUUCUCUGGCUUCUUCCCUAAGAACAUACUCAGCAACAGCGGCCUCCUUUACCUCGACGUCGGCAACAACCAAUUCACAGGCCUCCUCCCCUCAAAUCUCAUGUCUUCCCUCCCCGACCUCGAGGUCCUCAUGGUCCGCGUGAACCGCUUCAGCGGCUUCAUCCCAGACAUGUUCGCCAACGCCAAGCAUCUCAGAGCCGCCAGCUUCCUUGAGAACCAGUUCGUAGGCUCUAUCCCCGCCAGCCUGACCAAAGUCCAGUCGCUCGAGGAACUUAGCUUCGCCACCAACAACCUUACCGGCACCAUCCCCGUGGGCUUCGGCAUCCUGCCUAACCUCACCGCCGUCGAUUUCUCGUGGAACCAGCUUACCGGCACCGUCCCCGAGGAUCUUUGCGCGAGCAAGUCGAUCAAAUACAUCUCCGUGGCUGGCAACAAGAUCGAUCCCCGCCUGGGUCCUGCGUGCACAAAGGCAAAGGAAAACGGUAUCUUGUUCAACUAG